AAUACCUUUGUCCUUAAUUUGACGACUUUAUCUUCAACGGUUUCACCAUUAUCUAUAACCAGUAUCUAUCUGCGUGCACGAACUCUCUAUCAACUGCUCGCUUCGUUCUGCGCCAACAAGUUCGAUUAUCACAAGGCGGCUCACUCACUUUCUAUUUCUGCACCACAAAGGCUCUAUUUGCAGACAAUAGGGCCUGUUCAAGUAUAUUUAUUAUAGGAUUACCAGAGAUCAUAUAAGAACGGCAGCUAUUUGCAAGGUACCUUUUCUGUUUACCCCAAAGACGCACACUCCCGCAGGGGUUCAGGCCGAUAGGUUCAAAGGAAGUCUCGAGUCUCUCACCUCAAUUCACCUUAACUCACCCGCAAAACUCAACUUCCACAACAAGACACACGCCCCCUAGUUCCACUAAAGCCAGGCCAUCGGACCGCUCCAAGACCCCAAAGCCCCCCCUCUCUUCCUCUUCCUACCCCCCUAAUCGACAAUCCCUCAGGGCCGCAGCCCACUAUGACACAGUCACUCAACACCCCCCGUCAGGGCCAGAGUCAGACUCGGUCUCUGAGCAUCUCAAGCUCAAGCUCGAGUGAUAAAACGCCGCCAGUUCCUUCUUCGUCUUCCUCCAUUUCUCGUCUCAACUCCAUCGUCCAUCACAUCUCGCCCAAAAUGGUUUCUACUACAAAUUUCCCUGCCGAAGUCGUGCCCCAGGCACCCGAAGAUCCUCUCUUUGGUCUUGCACGAGAGUACAAGGCCGACGACAGCCCCAACAAGAUUGAUCUUGGUAUUGGCGCAUACAGAGACGAGAAUGCAAAGCCCUGGGUGUUGCCCGUCGUCAAGAAGGCCGAUGAGAUCCUCCGAAACGACCCUGAGCUCAACCACGAGUACGCCCCCAUCGCGGGUAUUGCCAGCUUCACAUCCAAGGCUGCCGAGCUAGUCUUUGGCCCCGAUUCUUCUGCCAUCCAAGACAAGCGCUCAACAACACUACAGACAAUCUCUGGUACCGGUGCCGUGCACUUGGGAGCUCUUUUCCUUGCCAAGUUCUACAAGGGCAACCAGACUGUCUACCUCUCAAAUCCCACAUGGGCGAACCACCACCAGAUCUUCAAGAAUGUUGGCAUGUCGAUCGACACAUACCCCUACUUCCACAAGGAGACUAAGGGUCUCGAUUUUGAGGGGUUCAAGAAGACUCUGCAAUCCGCUCCCGAGGGUUCCGUCUUUGUGCUUCACGCAUGCGCACACAACCCUACCGGUGUCGACCCUACGCAAGAUCAGUGGACUGAGAUUGCUUCAAUCAUGAAGGAGAAGAACCACUUCCCCUUCUUUGACACCGCCUACCAAGGAUUUGCCUCUGGCGAUCUUGUCAAGGAUGCAUGGGCCAUCCGCUACUUUGUCGAUCAGGGCUUUGAGCUUGUUGUUGCUCAGAGUUUCGCCAAGAACUUUGGUCUCUACGGAGAGCGUGCCGGUUGCUUCCACGCCGUCACAUCUCCCGCUCCUGAGGCUUCAAACACAAUCACUCGCAUUGGCUCUCAAUUGGCUAUCCUCCAGCGAUCGGAGAUCUCCAACCCUCCUCUGUACGGUGCCCGUAUCGUCAGCACUGUUCUCAACGAUCGCGACCUCUUCGCUGAGUGGGAAGAGAACCUGCGCACCAUGUCUGGCCGCAUCAUCAGCAUGCGCGACGUCCUCCGAGCCAAGCUUGAAGAGCUCGAGACCCCUGGUACCUGGAACCACAUCACCGACCAGAUCGGCAUGUUCAGCUUCACUGGCUUGAGCGAGAAGCAAGUACUUCAGCUUCGAGAAGAAUUCCACGUCUACAUGACCAAGAACGGUCGUAUCAGCAUGGCUGGUCUCAACGAAAACAACGUUGAGUACUUUGCAAAGGCUGUUGAUAAGGUUGUUCGUGACGCUGCUUAGAUAGACUUUUGAAUGGUUGGGAUUGUGUACGAACUCAUGAAAGUGGUCAAUUACCUAUAGGACCCUGGAAAGAAUCGGCGUUUGGAGAUGUUUAUUAUUACCACACCUAUCAUGACUGGGUCUCUGCAAAAAGCAUUGGACGAUCCUUGUUUUAGCAUGCUGUUGACAGCUUCUAAUAUACCUUGACUGCAUUUGCUACAUAUAAAUAUUU